CGGGCAGGGCAAGGGGGGCAGUGGGUGCUGCGCAGGGCAAGGAGGUUAGUGGGUGCUGCGCAGGGCAAGGGGGGCAAUGAGGCUGGCACGGCGGCUGCUGCUGCCGCUCCCGGGGCUCUGGUGCCGUUGUUACCGCGGAGCCGCUGCCGCCCUCCGCACCGUGGAUCUCCGCAGCGACACCCUGAGCUGUCCCACCCCCGACAUGAGAGCCGCCGCGGCUCGGGCUCCGCUCGGGGAUGACGUGUACGGGGAGGACCCGACUGUCAAUGAACUGCAGAGGCAAGCCGCGGGCCUGUUUGGGAUGGAGGCCUCACUAUUCGUGCCGUCCGGGACGAUGGGCAACCUCAUCUCAGUCAUGUGCCACUGCCGUGAGAGGGGAGCAGAACUGAUCGUUGGUGACCAAGCUCAUAUCCACCUGUUCGAGCAAGGAGGAACAGCACAGAUUGCAGGGGUUCAUUCACGUACUCUGAGAAAUCUUCCAGACGGAACCUUUGACCUGAACGAGCUAGAGUCUAAGAUACAUAACGACUAUACUGAUCCUCACUGCACCAGAACACGCCUGAUUUGCCUGGAAAACACUCACAAUGUACAAGGGGGUCGGGUUUUACCCCUCUCCUUUCUACAGGAGGUUCGAAGCCUCGCUGACAAGUACAGCCUGGCUGUUCACAUGGAUGGAGCCCGAUUGAUGAAUGCAGCCGUUGCUAUGGGGGUUGAAGCACAAGCCAUCCUGCGUUUCUGUGACUCUGUCUCCAUGUGCCUGUCUAAGGGUUUGGGAGCUCCUGUUGGGUCUCUCAUUGGCGGACGACAAUCAUUCAUCGACCAGGCUAGCCAUGCCCGCAAGGUGCUCGGAGGUGGCAUGAGACAGGCAGGGCUACUGGCUGCAGCAGGGCUCAUUUCUAUAUCUCAAAUGGUUGAGAGGCUGAAGGAUGACCAUACGAACGCAAGGAUAUUUUCCCAGGGCAUCCAGAAAUACGCCUACCCUGUGUGCGACACCAACAUGGACGCGUUGGAAACCAAUAUCCUGAUGCUUACAGUGAAUGAUCCGAGGAUCUCGCCCCAGGAGUUUUGUGACCGUAUGGCCGAGGUGACAGCGGAGGAAGUGGCGGCAGUGGGUUGCGGAGUGCGGGUGUUAAUGAUGCCAUUCUACGGCCGCUCAGUGCGGGCAGUUUGGUACCUGGGCAUUUCCGAGGAGGACACAGACCUGGCUGUACAGAAACUGCGGUUUGUUGUGGAGAAACUCAAGGGAUGAUGCUCUCGGGCCCAGAAUGCACUCAUCCCUGUCUCCCGAGCGUUCAAAUAUAAUCGAAAAAUUAGCAUUGACAUAAAACCUUCAGGGUAAAAUAAAACGCACAAGGUGUUUCACUGAAAUUAAAUUUGCUAAGAAAUUAACUGGAAUUUGAGUAGGCAGAUGUAGCAGCUAAAUUACACCAGCAGCAGCCUACGAGCAGCAAUGCAAUACGCUGGGAAUGGAAGCUGAAAUAAUGCGGAGAAUCGAGACAUUUUUCUGCGAAGCAACUCAUACCAUUGCGUUAAUUUUCAAUAAUAAACUAGAUGAUCACUCUGCAAA